ACUGCCUAAGAUCCGCAGCCCCGCGUUUUACAGUAUGAUAGAAACGUGUAGUUUUUUUCUGCAGACAGUUUACAAUAUCAGGCAUACCUUCUUCCAAGAACAAACUCUAAAUAUACAUAGUCAUCUAAUUCAUAUUCAUUUGAAUUAUUAUCAAUAACAAUGAGAAGCAAAAUGAUGAAUAGUUAAUAAUCAUGAAAGAAAUUUCAAAUGUUUCAUGAUAUUUUCUAGUCAUAAUUAAAACAAAACAAAAUAAAACUAAAUUACAUAUUCAAUGGAUCUUGAAUCUUUAAAUAUUUUACAUGAAAUAUAUUUUCUUAAUGGAAUACAAUAUGAAAAUUUAAAUCAAGAUGAACAAUUUUUAAAUCAGAAAUUAUUUUUAUUAUUUAAUAAUUUUAAAAAAUGUAUUUCAUUACAAAAUUUUCCAUUUCUUACUGAAUUAUAUAUAAUAUCACAAAAUAUUACUAAAAUAACUAAAUUAGAAACAUGUCCAAAUUUAAAAAAAUUAUGGUUAUGUGAAUGUUUUAUUGAAAAAAUUGAAAAUUUAAAUUCAUGUAAACAAUUAAUUGAAUUAUAUUUAUAUGAUAAUAAUAUUAAAAAAAUUGAAAAUUUAACAAAUAAUCAACAACUUGAAUAUUUAUGGUUAAAUAAUAAUCAAAUUCAUAUCAUUGAAGGUUUAAAUCAUUUAAAAUUAUUAAAACAAUUAAAUUUAUCUGGUAAUUUAAUUAUGAAUUUAAAUGAAAAUUUAUUAUUUAAUCAAAAAUUAAUAGAAAUUUCAUUAUCUGGUAAUCAAUUAUGGAAUAUUAAUGAUUUAUUAUUAUUAAAUAAAUUACCUUAUUUAACUAAAAUAAAUAUUAAUGAACCAGAAUAUAAUAAAAAUCCAUUAUGUUAUAAUAUGAAUUUACCAAUGAUAUUAAUGUAUCGAUUACCUCAAUUAUCUUAUAUUGAUCAUAUUUAUAUUGAUUAUAUUGAUUUAAAAGAUACCAUUAAAACAAUGAUACAACAUAAAAAAUAUUAUUAUAUGAUGAAAUAUGAACAUGAUCAAUCAAUCAUUGAAAAAAAAAUAAAUUCAUUAAAUUUAUUAUUUAAUCAAUUACAGAAUAAAAUUUAUAUUCAUAUUCAAUAUAUAGAUAAAGCAAUAAGAUUAUUACAAAAUGCAAUAAAGAAACAAGAAAACAUCAAUACUAUAUAUGAUCAUUCCAUUUCAAUCAAUCGAAUUGAUCAAUUAAAUCAAAAAAUUAAUUAUUGGGAAAAUAUUCAUGAUAAAUAUCAAUGCAAAUAUAAUCUAUUAUGUAAUAGAUUAAAAGAACAUUUACAUUUUCGACAACAUAUUUAUGAUUUAGAAUUACAAAUGUUUGGUUAUAUAGAAAUAAAAGAGAUCAAUAAUAAUGAUCAUUUAUUUAUUGAUUGUAAUGAAUUUCUUAAUUCUAGAUUUUGUUAUCAUCAUAUGAAUGGAUCAAUAAUCAAUGGAAUUAAAAUUUUACAUUUAUAUAAAAUCAAUAAUAGAAUAUUUAAUGAAAAUGAUAAUAAUAAUAAGAGUUCUACGAAAAAUUUGAAAUCAUCAAUCAAUAAUCAAUCGAUUAAAUAUUCAACAUUUUCUGAUUAUUUAUUUAUUGUAUGUCCUGAAAAAAUUGAUGAAUUAAAAUUAUACAUGAAUAUUAUUCGUAAUGGUUUACAAAUCAAUAAUCAAUACAAAGUGACAAAUAAUUUAAAUAUAGCAGAUAAUAAAAAUUUACAAGUUAUAAAUCAAUAUUAUUCUGAAGGUAAUUUCAAUCCUUAUGAUCAUGUCACACGUUUACUAUUAAUGAAAGUAUCUAAGUUAACUCAUCCUAACCUUAGUAACAACAACAAUAAUGAUAAUAAUAAUAAUGAUAAUCAAGAAGAUCAACUAUCUGUAGAAAAUAGUUUACUUUAUGAGAAUCAAUCAAAUUGUUAUUGUCUUUCACAAAUCAAAAAACCUGAUCACUUCAAAAUAAAUUACUUUAUCCAGAAUAUAUUAAAUAAAAAUGGAUCAAAAUUUUAUCAAAACAAUCUCUGUAUUCUCAUCAUCAAUGAUGAUCGUAAUCAUUUAGAUCAUUUAAAUGAAAUUUUAAAUCAUAAUGAAUUAUUACAUAAUUCAAUGAAUUUUUAUUUAGAUCAUACUCAUUUAUUUAUAAUUGAUUUUAAAAUUACAAAAAGAUUACAAUUUUUUGAUUUUUCUAAUCUUACUUAUAUAAGUAUAACUCAUUGUCAACUAGAUAAUUUAGCAUUCAUUCCAUGUAAUAAUAAUAAUAAUAAUUUAAUGACUUUAAUUAUUAAUCAUAAUCAAUUAAAUUCAUUAGAAUCAUUAGGAUAUAUGCCUAAUCUUAUUGAACUUCAAGUUGAUUAUAAUCAAUUAACAUGUAUUAUUGAAAAUGUAUCUAUUUUAUUAUUAAAUACACCAAAAUUAGAAAAAUUAUCAUGGCGUUAUAAUCCAUGGAAUAAUGAUAAAUUCAUAAAAAUGUAUACACUUUAUAAAUUAACUACAAUUAAAUUCUUUAAUUUUCAAUUAAUUAAUAAUGAUGAUAUUCAAUUAGCUAAUGAAUUAUACAAUUCAUCUAUAAUCACAUCAAAUAUGAUUGAAAAUGUAUAUAAAAAUGAUAUUCAAUGUAAUAAUAAUGAUUUUGAUCAAAAUUUAACUAUAUUCCCUAUUGCUUAUUAUCAUCAUUAUAAUCAAUAUUUAUAUAAUAAUACAAUUCAAUCUAUAAAUAAAUUAAAUCAUUUUCAUUUUAUAACAUCAUUAUGUUUAACUCAUUGUAUUAAUUUAAUUGAAUUAUCAAUAGAAUAUAAUUUAAUUGAAUCGAUUGAUAAUAUUGAUCAUUUAAUUAAACUUCAAUCAUUAUUAUUAAGUAAUAAUAAAAUUAAAAAAAUCAAUAAAUUACAAUUUAAAUCAUUAUUGAAUUUAUCGAAAUUAAAUUUAAAUAAUAAUCAAAUUGAUAAUAUUGAUGGUAUUGAUUAUUGUCAACAAUUAAUUGAAUUAUAUCUUGGUAAUAAUCAAUUAAAACAUUUUAUCAAUAUUUUACAUUUAAAACAUUUAUUACAUUUAAAUAUUUUAGAAUUAUAUGGGAAUCCAUUAUGUGAUUUAAUUAAUAAUAAUUAUUUUUAUCAAUUAAUUUAUUAUUUAAAAUCAAUUAAAUCAAUUGAUGGUUAUAUCAUUACAAUGAAUGAUUUAAUGAAAUCUAAUGAAUUAUAUGAUGGUCAUUUAUCUUAUGAAUAUUUAUUAAAUUAUUUAAAUCAUGAUCAAUUUAUUAAUAUUGUUGAAUUAAAUUUAUCUCAAUGUAUGUUAUAUAAAAUUGAUUAUAUUGAUCCAAAUCAAUUAAUACAUUUAAAAUGUAUUAAUUUAGAAAAAAAUUAUUUAAAAUCAUUUGGCGGCUUAUUAUUUUUUAAAAAUUUACAAAUUAUAUGUUUAAAUAAUAAUAAUAUAGAAAGUUUAUUUUCAAAUUAUAUUUAUACAUUAGCUAUCAAUGAUCAUCAUAAUCAUAAUCAAAAAAUGAAUCCAAUUGAAUUACAUUUUAUUAAUUUAUAUAAAUCAAAACAACCAAUUUAUCCUUAUUUAACUGUAUUACAUCUAGCUCAUAAUAAUAUACAUUCAUUAAAAGAAUUACAAUUUCAUCGUAUGUCUAAUUUACAAACAUUAUUUUUACAAAAUAAUGAAUUAAUUACAUUAAAUGGUAUAGAAGGUCUUAAUCAAUUAAAAGAAUUAGUAUUAGAUAAUAAUAAAAUUAAAUUUAUAAAUGAUUUAACAUUUUUAUAUAAUUGGACAUUGAAUGAAAUACAUUUAGAAAAUAAUUUAUUAAAUGAAUUAAAUCAAUUAAGUAAAUUAGAAAAUUUAAAACGCUUAUAUGUUGGCGCCAAUAAAUUAACUAAUUUUAAUGAUUUAGAAAAUUUUGCUAAAAAUCAACCAAAUUUAUAUGAAAUUUCAUUAAUUGAUAAUCCAAUUACAACAAACCAAAUUCAUCGUUUAAUAUUAAUUUAUUAUAUACCAAAAUUACAAAUUAUUGAUGGUAUACAAAUUACAAUAGAAGAAAGAGAUAGAAUUUUAGAUUUUUAUAAAGAAUUAGAAUUAUCUAAUAUAAUUAAUUGUGGAAUGAUACAAUCAUCAAAUUGGUAUCAUCAGUUUAUUGGUAAAAUCAAUAAUUCCAUUUGUGAAAUGACACUUCCAGAAAUAAUCAAUAAAAAAUCAUUAAUAAAUAGUAUAACAAUAAAUGAUCAUAUAAAUUUAUCAAAUCAUUCUAAAGAAGAAAAUCAAACAAUAUUUGUAUUUGGUAAACAAAUUCAUCAACAUAUUAAUAUGAAUAAUAAUUGUCCAUUAAAUAAAACAAGAUUAAACAUGAAACAUCAUUCUAUUCAAUCAAAUAUGAAUGAGAAAAAUGCAUUAACUAUUAAAAGUAUUCAUAAUCAUUCAAAGAAUUCAUUUGUUGGCAAUUUAAUUCAUUAUCAACAUCAAUAUAUAAAACAAAAGGAUCAAUGCUCAAUGCCAGAAAUUAAUAAACUAUCUAUUAAUUCUAUUACAAGACCACUAAGUCAAACGAAUAAAGUUAAUCAGUUGAAAUCAUUAAAACGUAAUAAUAAUAAUAAUAACAAUAAUAACAGUCAUAUUAAAACGACUAAAAAUAUUACUAUCAAUGCUGAUAGUAAUAGUAAUCGAAGUGGUAAUAGUAAUAAUAACUUAAUCAAAUUCAGUGCAAUGUCGACAAAUUUUCAACGUUGAAUAUAUUCUACUGUUUCAAUACAUUAUCAAGUCACUUUUGUGCGCCUUAUAUGUAUAGUUAAGUAAAACAAAAAAAAAACAAACUAUCAUUUAAUUUAAUUUUGAUAUUAAUGAUUGAACUAUUUAUUUAUUUUUUUAAUUUUUGUUACUUGAAAAUAAACUAAAGUUGAAAAUAAGAGAAUAUAAUCUCUGAUUCAUUUUGUACAGUUUUGUGGAAAAUGUCGAAAACUAUUAUUGAUGCUCAGGUCAUAUGUAUAUGUAUAUGCUGUAAAUAAAUUAAUGUUAUUGCUCA